GGGGUGUUGGUGAUUACUACACCUACCCUAGUCACGUGCCACCCCAACCUAUUUAGUGUAACUCGCGUAGUUAGAUUACAACACAACACAACAACGUUAUCCUCCAAGACUCUGUGAGGUCAUGUGAUCACGCACUCAACGGCAGGGAAUUUUAGGCGCGCGUCAACUAUCGGCGGAGCUCAGGAAUGGACUACUUUCCAUCCAUAUUGAACCAACACUAAAUCUAUCUGACAAAAAUUCUCCAGACAUUCGCGUUACCAUUCUAUAGCGGAUAGCAUAUCAGCCUGAGUUGGACCCAGGAUCAAGGAGCGGAUAUUGGGGACUUGCUUGCUUUGUGCUGUCAGGUUUGCAGCCAACAACAGUGUCCGAGCCGUUCACCGCCGCAAUCUCGGCAACAUGUCGUUCUCUGUGCCAUUCAGCUCGAGCCCUCCACCCUCAACUCCAGAUAAAUAUCAGAGAUUUGCGAGGAAUCCAUCCACUACCCCGGCCGGCGCCCCUCCUUCAACUACCCCGUUAGGGCCCCCUCCCUCUAGCUUAUUUGGGAGCUCCAAGCUGGGAAGCACCAGGGCCAAAUUGAAUUUUGGAGUCGCUUCAUUUGACCAAUCUAUAGACUCGCAAGCUUCAGAAGAUCUAGGUUUAUCAAACGCCUCGUCCAACUUCCCCUUGCCACGGACAAAGGUCAGAGGUCCGCCUCCAUUCGCCUCUCGUAGCGCGUUCGAUUCGCCGGGGAAUAGAUCUUUUCGGGAGUCAGAUAUAAAUGGACAUACUGCACGGUCAAGUCGUGAUUUCGAUUCUUACACCGACGAUAUUGACCAGGACAAUGGCAUGGGAGAUAGUCGUGCAGGAUUUUUAGAUUCACGAUUCAGUGCUUCACACAAUUCUCCAGUGCACUCUCCUGUCCAUAAAUCCUUCAUCUAUUCCAACCCCGGCCAAGCCAAGCGAGCAAAACUACAUGAAAGAUGGGCCCAACCACCUACAACCAAGCCCAGAAUAACGCCAAGGAAAAAGAGCUCAAUGUUUCCGUCAAUUGCCCGUGAUCUAGCCUCGAGGUCGCAGAUUGCAAUGGUUAGCGAACCUAAUGAACUUAUUCUUGAGACUGAGGAUAUAUUUGGCCGAAUGUACGAUCAAGUUCGGGAGUUCGAACAUGAUGACGACGGUCUUCAACAGGCUCUGUGUGACAUUUCCAAGGAUCUUUUGGAUUUGUGGGAACGACAUACAGCAGGCUCAUCUCGCGCCCAGCCAAAUAGUCGAACCUCUACCAUAGGUCCGGAAAAGUCUGCUCCAAAUAUUGUGAAAGCCAAUUUCCUUGGAUCCCUUCUCCUUCCCCUCCAUCAUCCUCAACUUCAACGGGAUAGAGCCCCUGAAGGAGGCCCCUCUGUUCACAUUGGUGCUGUUCGCGCCUUUGCACCCAACAAACCUAAAGCUAAAACCCCGAUUCCUAAAGUCCUGUUCGAUUGGAUAAACCAUUACCAUACCGCACAAAAUUCGGACCCGAGUACCGUCUGUAGCUAUCAACCAAAUCCCACCGCUUCUGCAGCAUUCUGGGAUGUGGUUCAAACCUUGAUUUUGCGUGGGAAUCCAUCUCCAGUUAUCGAUCUUCUAAAGAGUGCAGACUUUAAUUAUGCUAGAUCGGCUAUGGAGGAUGGCCUCGAGCAACCCGGCUAUCGAGGGGCCCAGCUUCAAAACAUUCAAAAAUGUGUCAAUAGUGCGAUUCAGCUACUUAGCGUCUCUCCAGGCGUUCAAAACAAUGAUUGGGACAUUAAGAACCUUGACUGGGCUAUAUACCGAAAGCAGAUUGCCGCCGCAAUUUCUGAACUCGAGAAUUUAGCUGAAGGCCAGGACCGCCUGCCUGAAGCACGGGAUCAGUUCCAAGCACCCAAUUUCGGCAUAUUUAAUCAACGGAGUGCUUCCUCUUUUUCUCAGUCCACACGAAUGGCUGAGAGCCAGGUGCCUUGGACGAUUUAUCAGAAUCUGAAGACUAUGUAUAACAUCAUGCUUGGAGAUGUGUCUUCGAUCUUGAGUAAAUCGCAGGACUGGGUAGAGGCUACGGUUGGUCUCACUGCCUGGUGGGAUGGCGAGGACGACAGCGAUAUAACUGCUGGAGAAACAAAUUUCAACCGAAGCGUGAUGAGACGUUCUCAGUCGCAAGCACCCCGUUCAGUAGAUUCAAACCCCGAGGAAGCAUACUUGCGUCGCCUGGACUAUUCAUUUGCCAACGUAACGGAAAACUUGGGAGAGGAAGGAUUUCAGGUUAAUUCUAUGAACCCUAUGGAAGUGGGUUUGGCUUCAGUUUUCGAAGGUAACAUCGAAGGAGUGCUGGAGAUGCUACAAACUUGGUCACUGUCUAUCGCCUCCGCUGUUGCUGAAGUUGCAAGCUUUGGUGGAUGGCUGGAUACAUCAGUAGGCUCCAAGCCAAUGCCUGGUUUCAAUCAAAAUGAUCUCAUGGUUUUGAAUUAUGGCAAAAACGAGAAACCGCUCCGAAAGGAUGAUAUUUUGAUUAAUUACGCAAUGGGUCUCUUCGAUCGAAAUCCGCUUGAGAGUCCUACGGGAGCGAGGGAUGGGUGGGAAGUUGCACUCGAGGUCCUGAGUCGUCUUGACGACCAAGAGAUUAUGAGGACAAAGGCUACAGAAUUGCUUGACCGUAUUCCCCUUGAUACGUCUGAGCAUAUGGAUAAAGUUGUUUUGCUUUGUGCGGAUCUCGGGUUCAAUGAUGAAGGCCGUAGGGUUUCUGAGCGAUAUGGGGAUAAAAUAGCAGAGUCGUCUGAAGAAUACGGAACAGCCCUCAUAUGUUACGCAAGAGCUCAUAGCUACAAAAAAGUGAAGAACGUUGUCGACCUUCUCACUUCGUUUUGCCUUGUCCGAUCCACCGCAUAUCCGCCUGCAUCUGAGCUCGAUGUUCAACUUCGAUCGCUUCUUUACAGUCCGCGAGCCGCGUUAUCAGCAAUUGCAGCUGUCGACCAAGAGGCGGCUGGUAUGCUCCAGUUCUACUUUUGUGGAUAUGCCGCUGUGAGACGCUUCUACGACAUUCGUGACGAGGAGGUCUAUUUGCAAAAGGGGGAGCGACCAAAAUAUCGCCCUCUAGCUAGAAAAAGAGCUGCCGCUGAAACUCUCGUUGCGGUCAUCCGCAGUGCAGCCGAUAGCAUCUAUGGUGGCUUGUACGAUGGGGAACGGAAAACAUCAGUUCAAGUUGAUGGACUCCUGGUGUUGCUAGGAGAAGCUCUCGUAUUCUUGGAAGAACCCAACCGCUUCCUCACCACCGACCAGCUAUUAACCAUCCUCGCUGCGAUCGAAGAUCUCCAAUCUGUCACAUCACGUGUUUAUGACCAGUGCGAAAUGUGUCUGCAAUCGACCGUAUAUCACCACUUCAACUAUGAUGCCCUCGCGAACAGUUCAUUUGGUGAUGAAUCCAUCCGAUCCCCGGUGACAUCAUCCUUCGCCGCUCCACCACGCAAUCUACUUAAAAAGUCGGUAUCAUCGCUGACCGCAGUCAGUGGCUUUUCUCUGAUCGGCAGUGAAAUGCUCGAAUCCCAGAGUCGCAAACGGGAUGGUGGAUCAACUUCCAUUGAAAAUUCGGGUGUGCUUAUUCCCCACCCAAAUGCGAGGCAAGGGGGUGCCGAUGUGAAGCGAGGUUGGGACUGGAGAGCGAGAAUUCGCAAAGAUGUGAAGGGGCAGGAUAUUUUGAGGAUCUUGAGGCUUCAGAUUGCUAAGGGACUAAGUUUCGGCGCUUUGGGAUCUUGAGCGGAGUCUUUUCCAUUUUCCAUUACUGUUCUUUCCUAAUGAGCAACGUGGAUGGGUCUAUUAUUCGGUUGAGAAGGGAUUUUUUUUCAGGUAUCUAUUUCUACUUUCCUAUGAAUAACAGCCUUAAUAUUUUCUCUUUUCCCUAUCCGCUUCGAGAUAUCUGGCGUCUAAACUAUUAGAUUUAUGCAAGAAGGACCAUCAACAUGGAUUUCCCUUUUUCUUUAUGCAUUUUCACAUUUUUCUUUCCUUUUUCGCUUUGCAUCUUUAGGGAGUGUAUACAGUCGAAUAUGGAGACGGAUCACUUUUUCCUUUGAACCAUGAGCUAUUAGGCACAGACAAUAGCAUUUCCACGCAUGGGGUCCGCCCGGGAACGCCACCAUCCAUCUGAGUAGGUGAUUAAUAAUGCGAUACAGAGCACUCAGCUAUUCAGCUUAGAGAAGUGUAUCAAUCAAUAUGGACCACCUGAAUUCAGUAGCAACCAAAAGAUAAAUAUAAACAUGACAAAUCGUCGACGAAAAUUUAAAUCCCGGCGUUUCUUUUGGUGCUUUCACACUGUAUAUGGCUUAAUAAUGUUUUCAUGGCGGCUGUGACGAUUUCUCUUCUGGUCAAACGCUCGACGGAUGCGUGGCGACUGGCGUCAAAGCUGGUUUUUUUACCUGACUAACUUACCAUCCUGACCUCGUCCCAUCCAUCCUCUUGGACGUUGGGGGCCAUGUUACGGAGCUCACCAGCCACAACAACAACGCAAGGGAGGGAUACGGCGCCAAGGCGAGUUGUCAAAAAAAGGACGCGAAUUUGCCCCAGGAGUAAUCCGUAGGAACACCUGGGUUUCGGGAGCUGCGUCCAGUCGUAGGUCAGGAUACCUUGAUCCUGCUACUGGCUCGUUAGGCGCACUCCAGCUCUUGUGAAACGGCCGUCAAAGCAGUGAUUGUUGUUCUUUUCCCGCCAAAAUACCCUUUUGUAACUAUCCCUCUGCGGCCGUAUGAGAGGAAAACUGUGCGCAAUUUUGAGAAAGGGGGCCAAAAUCAAAUGGCCGCCUCGUACAGGAGUAGUAUUUUUGACCCGGGCUGAGUGAGGAUUUCCCGACUAUUGCGAUCCCAGCGAUCUUUCUUGAACCCUGGGUGCCGAUCCCAAGUUUUGGGGAUUCUGUUUCUAGUUUCUAUCCUAGAAUCUAGGCCGCAGUUUCAGCUAGGUUGGGUUGUCCACCUGCAUGGGCUCUGUUUCCUGAAGAAUA